GCUUGGAAAAGAGGAAGUCGAGCUCGAGGCUGAGUCGCAGCAGAUGUCCCUCGAGACCCUGCGCGCCCAGAAUCGGCUCAUCGAGGAGUAUGUGAUGCGCCUCGUGCGGCAGCGCGACGAGCUGAAGCAGGUCACGAAGAUGGCAGAGGAGCGCGACUCCUACCACAUCCUUGGGCUUCAUGGCCCCUCUUGCAGCGAAGACGAGGUGAAGAAGGCCUAUCGGAACCUGGCGCGCAAGGAGCACCCGGACAAGGCCGGCAUCGGCAACAAGCGACGCUUUCAGGCGAUCCAACAGGCGUAUUCGUCCAUCCUCAAACAGAGGCAGUUGGGCGGAGCUGCGACGGUCGCGGCAGAGGAGGAGAAUCCACCUCCCGAGGAG